AUGCUGGAAUUGAAGACGAAGAUAGGUGGAGGUUCAGAUAGCUCCAAGAUCGAAGUGGUUUCGGUUACGGAGGACGAUUUCCCCACGGUAGAAACCCCCAACACUCUUAUUAUCAGUCCCCUUGGCAGCUUUAUUGCAGAUUUUCGACCAGAGAAAGAUCCAGGCAACCCAGAAGAGCUUCAUUCUCAAGCUGCACCCAGUCUAACCAUGCCAGUCACAAAAGUUCAGCCUUUUGUUCAUGCAGACAAUGACUUGGAUAAGGGAUGGAAAAACAGACUCAUCCCUCAUCGAUUUGAACUGCUGAUUGCUUCAAGCCUCAUCUUGAUGAUAUUUCUUGUUCUCGGGAUUGGCCUUGGAGUGGGUCUAAGCUGUGUGGGAAAGUUUCGCUGCGGUUCAUCAUCCCAGUGUGUCAGUACUAUGGCUCAGUGUGAUGGAACAAUGGAUUGUGAAAACCAUGAAGAUGAGCUUGGUUGUGUUCGUCUGAGUGGCAGGAGCUCAGUUCUGCAGGUUCAAAAGAGAGGAGAAUGGAGGACAGUGUGCGCUGAGGAAUGGAACAACCAGCUAGGGAUCUCUGCCUGCAAGCAACUGGGAUACUCAAGGUAUGUGGAGUCCUUCUUCAUCUCUCUGACCUCCAUCGAGCAGGACCUUCAAACCAACUUAAUUUCCAUCAACUAUAGCCAGGCAGAGGUCAUUAAGCUUCAGAAUGCUGCAACCUUCAGUAAGAACCAGUGCACCUCAGGCAUGGUGACCACUCUGAAAUGUAUUGAGUGUGGUUCUAGGCCUCAGUACAACACUCGAGUUGUCGGGGGUAAUAUCUCCAAACCAGGUCAGUUUCCCUGGCAGGUCAGUCUCCACUUCCAGAGGGAACAUAUUUGUGGAGGCUCCAUCAUAACGUCAAGCUGGGUCCUUACUGCAGCCCAUUGUGUGUAUGGAUUUGAAAACUCUUCCCUGUGGACGGUUCAUGUGGGGCUGACAGAACAGCUGAUCCAUGGUGCCCAUUCUCUGGCUGUAAAGAGAAUUAUACGCCAUCCUCAGUAUUGGCAAAAAGGACUGGAUUACGACAUUGCACUGAUGAGGCUGCAGGAACCGCUUGUUUUUGAUGGCCUUGUGGAACCCAUUUGUUUGCCUAACUAUGGAAAGGAGUUUACAGAAGGUACAAUGUGCUGGAUAUCUGGUUGGGGAGCCACAGAAGAAGACGGAGAGUCCAGUGUUGUUCUACACUCAGCUAUGAUACCGCUCAUCUCUACCAAGACCUGCAACCAGGCAGAUGUUUACAAAGGCCUAAUCUCUUCUUGGAUGAUAUGUGCAGGAUAUCUGGAAGGAGGAAUUGACUCCUGUCAGGGGGACAGCGGGGGUCCACUUGCAUGUGAAGACUCAUCCGUGUGGAAGCUUGUUGGGGUAACUAGUUGGGGGAUUGGCUGUGCUGAGAGGAACAAACCAGGAGUUUACACUAGCAUUACAAAGGCACUCAGCUGGAUCCGCCUACAGAUGGAAAGAGAAGAGGCUUGGAGUCUGACAACUACAACAUAUAACUGAAAAUUAAGAUUUGACCAACAUCCUUGCUUCAAAAAGAUUCAUAUCAAACAACUUUAAAAAUCUUUGAAGUGGGACAGAAAUAUCUACCGUAUUUUCCGCACUAUAAGGCACACCUCAUUAUAAGGCGCACCUUCAAUGAAUGGCCUAUUUUAAAACUUUUUUCAUAUAUAAGGCGCACCG